UGGAAACAGCCUGAGGAGUGUGCAGAUGCGAUGCAUAGGGGGAGGCUCCGCUGAGGAGAAUUCAAGACACCCAGGAGAAGGACACAGAUGAGACUCGAGGAGCGAAAGAGGGGCUAGAGGCAUGGACUGGAGCCAAGACGAGAGGGAAAAUGCUGAGAACGGCACGCAAGGCGAUGAGAGGCCGAUGUGUGCAGGGUACGGAGAGUAGGUGGAGGGGUCAAAAAUGGCAAAAUAGACAAGAAUGAGAUACCUAGCUGGGCCGCCUACCUAUUACCCGUUAAUACCUGAUGGGCCAAAAAUGACGAGAAGAAUAGUAAUACUGCGUACGUCGGGGACUCGGGCGGGGGGGGGGGGCCUGGCAUCAACGGCCAUGAGGCGCGAAGCUGGCUGCUACUGCAACUGCGCCGCCAUGCGGGUAGCUUUUUUCGCCCUGGACUCUGCAUACACGGCUCGUCCUAUGGCAGCAGAAAAGAGCCUUGACAAGGCGACUCGACGUUGCCAUUGGGCCUCAAACCCUUGUCGUGCCCUUGUCCGCAUUCGGGGUCCUUUGCAUCGUCUGGGAUUCUGGGUGCUGGUCCUUUGGCCUUUCGGGGGGAACGGAGUAAAGAAGAAUGAAGAGGGGCACCCAGGGGGGGAAACAGACUUUUGCCGGCAUGUCGAACUCGAUGUUGCUGCUUUUUUUGACAAUCGAGAGGGAUAUCAUCGUGAUGUGCCGUCGUGGGAGGACCCGGGAACAAGCGUGUGACUCAGAUUAGGCGAGCAACAUGGCUGUGCUUACCGCCAGUUGGUAUGCGCUACGUCGGUACGUCGUACCCCACGAGCUUCACCGACGGCGAGGACGGUAGUUUCGUUUGGGUUGAAGGGCACGGGACUCGGGGCGGGAUUAAGUGACGAGUCUCGGCGACACUG